CGCUCACGCAGAACCCUCGCUUACACAGUAUGGCCGGCGACAUUAGCUAGCGCUCGCUCAACUCUCUCUAACGGGAAAGCAGCGGACUACAAGAGACUGAACUGUAUCUGCCUCUAUUUCCAACAGACUCACAUUCAACUUUCGCUCACACACACACACACACACAAAAAAAAUAGCCGGGAAAAUUUUAUUAGUCCUUUUUUAAAAAAAAAAAAAAAGUUAAUAUAAAAUUAUAGCAAAAAAAAAAAAAAAAGGAACCUGAACUUUAGUAACACAGCUGGAACAAUCCGCAGCGGCGGCAGGAGCGGCGGGAGAAGAGGUUUAAUUUAGUUGAUUUUCUGUGGUUGUUGGUUGUUCGCUCGUCGCACGGUGAUGGAAGCUGCACAUUUUUUCGAAGGCACCGAGAAGCUGCUGGAGGUCUGGUUCUCCAGGCAGCAGUCCGACGCAAGCCAGGGAUCUGGGGAUCUCCGCACCAUCCCCAGAUCUGAGUGGGAUGUCCUUUUGAAGGAUGUGCAGUGCUCAAUCAUAAGUGUGACAAAGACUGACAAGCAGGAAGCUUAUGUACUCAGUGAGAGUAGCAUGUUUGUCUCCAAGAGACGGUUCAUUUUGAAGACAUGUGGUACCACCCUCUUACUGAAAGCACUGGUUCCCCUGUUGAAGCUUGCUAGGGAUUACAGUGGGUUUGACUCAAUUCAAAGCUUCUUUUAUUCUCGUAAGAAUUUCAUGAAGCCUUCUCACCAAGGGUACCCACACCGGAACUUCCAGGAAGAAAUUGAGUUUCUUAAUGCAAUUUUCCCAAAUGGAGCAGCAUAUUGUAUGGGACGUAUGAAUUCUGACUGUUGGUACUUGUAUACUUUGGAUUUCCCAGAGAGCCGAGUAAUCAAUCAGCCAGAUCAAACCCUGGAAAUUCUGAUGAGUGAGCUCGACCCAGCAGUUAUGGACCAGUUCUACAUGAAAGAUGGUGUUACUGCAAAGGAUGUCACUCGUGAGAGUGGAAUUCGUGACCUGAUACCAGGUUCUGUCAUUGAUGCCACACUGUUCAAUCCUUGUGGCUACUCGAUGAAUGGGAUGAAAUCGGAUGGAACAUAUUGGACUAUUCACAUCACUCCAGAACCAGAAUUCUCUUAUGUUAGCUUUGAAACAAACUUAAGUCAGACCUCCUACGAUGACCUGAUCAGGAAGGUUGUGGAAGUCUUCAAGCCAGGAAAGUUUGUGACCACCUUGUUUGUUAAUCAGAGUUCUAAAUGUCGCACAGUGCUUUCUUCCCCCCAGAAGAUUGAAGGUUUUAAACGUCUAGAUUGCCAGAGUGCUAUGUUCAAUGAUUACAAUUUUGUUUUUACCAGUUUUGCUAAGAAGCAGCAACAACAGCAGAGUUGAUUAAGAAAAAUGAAGAAGAAAAAACGCAAAAAGAGAAGACACACAGGAGGUGGUGGCUGCUUUCUAGAUGAUGACACUGGGGGCUGUGCUCUCCAUGACCACCACCUUGUAGUUGCAGAAAGCCCUAGGUCUAUUGAUAGUGUAAUCAUUUUGAAGUGUAUGCAUUAUUAUAUCAAGGAGUUAGGUAUCUUGCAUGAAUGCUCUCCUCUGUGUUUAGGUGUUCUAUGCCACUCUUGCUGUGGAAUUGAAGUGCAUGUAGAAAAGAACUUUGACUGUAUGAAUCCUUACGACACUUGUGAAAAUGAUUCAAUUUGGUUUAUGCACAGUGUAAUAUUUCUGCAGGCAUCGUCCAAAAUCCCCCACAGACAAGGCUUUCGUCCUCAUUAGAUGCUGGCCUCAGCUGACCAUCUGCGACUGUUCUAUUAAAUUGCUGCCAGAGUUUUUACAUCCAGUUACCUCCACUUUCUAGAGCAUAUUCUCUACUAAUGUUAUUCAAGACCAAUUUUUACUUCAUACAGGUGUUUUAUGCAAUGGCAAUUAAAGUUUUUCUUCCACAAGUUGAGUCCUUGUAAGAAAAUGCUGAUUCGGGUUACUGUUUUGUGUUCUACUGUUUGAAUAGUUGUUCCUGCUUUUAUAGUCCUGUGAUUGAUUUCUUAGACUCUCACCACGGUGUCUUUUCCUCUUCCCUCAACUCACUGCUCCCCCAUUAAAGCAAUACACGGUUACACAGGGCUUAUAUAGUAAUCUUAUACCCAGGUGGGAUGUUUGAGGUGGUCCCUGGCUUGAUUUUUUUUUUAAGACAUAAGAAUGGGGCCUCCUUAUUGGCAUGAACUGUGGAAGAUAAAUGACAAAGCUGAAUGUAUUAAAUGAAAAGAAUUCGGUCUCCAGGGGUGAUUAGCAGAGAGAACCCAUUUAAAAAAAAAAAAAACAACUCAUUGGAACUAGUCAGCUGUGCGGUGCACUUUUGGCUUUAACGGAGCACCUGCCAUGCCUUUACUAACUUAUUAAGUAGUGACCAGAGGAAGUCCACUAAAUCGAAGCAGAUAUUUAAUCCUAGAUAUUCUGACCUCGGUACGUGCAGUCAACUUUUAAUCUAUUGGCCACCAAUUUCUACUAAAAGAAAAUUUGAUUCAAAGGAGAAUCUGUGGCAUUUCUAUCUGUGACUUAGAAGCUGUGUGUGUGUGUGUGUGUGUGUGUGUGUGUGUGUGUGUGUGUGUGUGUGUGUGUGUGUGAUGCAUGUGAGUUCUGACUUCACCUGUUCUGUGUGGUCUUCUUUUACCAUGGUGUUCACAUGAUCCAGUGAACAACUAUCCAGGUUACUCAGCCAGGUAGUAAAUGUAUGAACACACAAAACAACACAAUCGUCUGAAAUGUUUAAUGGGACUAGAAAUAAUAGGCUUUCAAGAGUUGGCAUGUUAGUGGCAUUUGCAGAUAUUGUGGGAUUUCAACAGCUGGGAGAGGAGCAAAAUGGACUUAAUUUCCUAUUUAUUGCCUUCGUACUGUUUUCUUGGUAGUUUCUGGACUGAUGCAGUGAUGUUCUGUUCCUUCCGUAUUUAUAACGAAACACUUUUUUAGCGUUUCUAAACAUAGAAUCUACUUGGUUUGAAAUCAAGUGGUUGGAACACUGUCUGGAUUUGUACCUUAAGCAUGCUGUUGAUUGAAUGCUUCAUUGGGGAAGCCUCCAAUCAGCUUUAUCAGUCUGGUUGUGUAAUGAGCACAGCACCUAAUGUUUUGAACUGCUAUUUGGGAGGACCAGUGCUUAUUUAAGCUGGAUUUUGUAACCCACUAGAUUUUGUUGGUUUGAGCUCUCAUUCCCUGAUCUUACAGAAUUACAAAUUCUAAUGUUGAAAUUUGCAGAGAUUCUCGUGGAAAAGCCUAGAAGACCAACAAUAGAUUGAACAGUGAUCCUUGCAGGAGGGGAAGUAUGGGUGCCAUGAUUUCUUUUCAUUGGUGUUGGGCUUUGAAUCAGUUGAAAUGUAUUUCUGUACCACAAUGUAAGCUUCAAUAAAAGUUUGCUUAAUUGUCUAGUAA